CUCAUUUUGCCUCCUCUUGGGGAUCCUCUGCUCAGCCCUGAUGGCCUUUCAUAGCCUCCUGGAUGAAGUCGGCAGCCUGGGGAGAUUCCAGAUACUUCAGAUGGUUUUCCUUUGCAUCUCCACCUUCCUAGCGUACCCCCACAUUCUCCUGGAGAACUUCACGGCCGCCGUCCCCGAGCACCGCUGCUGGGUCCCCAUCCUGGACAACCUCACCGCGUCUGCUAAUGGCACCGGGGCCCUCAGCCGGGACGCCCUCCUGAGGGUGUCCAUCCCCCUGGACUCCAGCCUGAGGCCCGACAAGUGCCGCCGCUUCGUCCACCCGCAGUGGCAGCUGCUGCGGCUGAACGGGACGGUCCCCGCCGGCCGCGAGCCCGCCACGGAGCCGUGCCUGGACGGCUGGGUGUACGACCGCAGCGCCUUCCCCGCCACCAUCGUGAGCCAGUGGGACCUGGUAUGUGACUCUCAAUCACUGAGCUCAGUGGCCAAAUUCCUGUUCAUGGCUGGCGUGCUGUUGGGAAGCCUCAUAUGUGGUCACUUAUCAGACAGGCUUGGCAGGAAGUUGGUGAUCAGAUGUUGUUUCCUCCAGCUCGCCAUCUCUGGCACUUGUACAGCCUUUGCUCCCAACUUCUUCAUCUACUGCUUCCUGCGCUUCUGGGCUGGGUUUUCUACCACAAGUAUCCUGACAAAUUGUAGUAUGCUCAUGGUAGAAUGGAUGGUGCCCAAAUACCAAGCCAUGAGUACGAUGCUGUCAAUCUCUGUGGGUAGUCUGGGGCAGAUGUCCCUGGGAGGCCUGGCCUUUGCAUGUCAAGACUGGAUCACCCUCCAGCUAGUGAUGUCUAUACCAUUCUUUGUCUUACUUCUGCCCACAAGGUGGCUGAUGGAGUCUGCUCGGUGGCUGAUUAUCACCAACAAACUCGACAACGGCUUACAGGUGCUUAGGAAAGUUGCACAAAUAAAUGGAGUAAAGAAUGCGGAUGAUACUCUAACCAUGGAGGUCUUGAGAUCCUCCAUGCAGGAGGAGUUGGAGAUGAUGCAGAAAAGAUAUUCUGUGCUUGACCUGUUCCGAACACCCAACAUGCGGAAAAGGGUCUGUGUCCUGUCUUUUGUGAGAUUUACUAGCUUCCUGCCUCUUUUUGGCCUGAGUCUCAACCUCCAGCAAGUGGGAAGCCACAUUUUCCUGGUCCAGGUUCUCUUCGGUGGAGUUUCCCUCCCAGCCAAUUACAUCGCACUUUUGAUUCUGAAUUGCCUGGGCCGGAGACUCAGCCAGGCACUUUUCAUGUUCCUGGAGGGCGUCUCCAUUCUGAGCAUGAUCUUUGUGCCUCAAGAAAUGCAGACCAUGCGCAUGGCUCUGUCAGCCUUCGGAGUAGGCAUUUCCUAUGCCUUGAUGACCAGCGUUAUCACCCAUUCCACUGAACUGCUCCCCACUAUAAUCAGGGCGACAGCUGCAGGCAUCCUGGGAAUUUGGGGUAGUGUUGGGGCAGCCGUGGCCCCCCUGGUGAUGAUCCUGGUGGUGUACUCUCCCUACGUGCCCUGGAUCAUCUAUGGAGCCCUCCCCCUCCUCACUAUCCCUGUUAUCCUCCUCCUGCCUGAAACCAAGAACCGGCCCCUGCCUGACUCCAUCCAGGAAGUGGAGAACAUCAGGAGUAAAGCAUCAAGAAAAACAAAGCAGGAUGUUACCUCCACGAAAGUGACACAGUUUUAAGGAAUUCCAGGAACUGCUGAUCAAAGAGCUAAAUAAAGGAAGAAACCAAGAUAAUGCCUAGAUAUGAGGAAAAUUAGAAAAAUAAAUAAAAACAAAAACAUAUAGUGGACAAAGUGAGCCCUUU